UGUGUUCUAUGGGGGGAUCUCUUUUCGGGUCCACAUGUCUUACUCCCUUGAAACAAACGGUUACUGUUUUCUGUAUGGAACGGUUCUUUUUAUUCUUAUUUUUUCUCGAACGAGCUUCUUGCUUGCUUUAGUAUGGAUAUUGAUUGAUUGCUAUGAAUAUGUCGCUACGAGUAUCUGGUACGUGGAACUUGAGGAUAUGGGACAAACUUAUUUAUUUUGGGGGCUUUUGCAUGCAUGCAUCUUUUGAAAUCGGGAGUGGAAAGACAGAAGGAUUGGGCGUCCUUGUUUUGUUUGUUUUCCGGUCGACUUUUUUUGCAGGCGUGUUCAGUGUGCGUUUUGUUUCAUGUUGUUUUGUUGUCUUUUCACUCCUUACAACAUCCAUAUUGGGCGGAGCAGCAGGAAUGGAGUAAUACCUUGCUUGGCUUGGCGCGUUGCGUUGUGUGUGAGGUGGGAGGGAGUUCUUUGGGUUGUUUAUUCUUGAAAGGGCAGAAAAUAUGGAGGGAUGGGAAGGGAAGGGAAGGCAAGGAAGGCAAGGAAGUAGAUUCGUGGCAUAGGAUACAACAUUAUGGGUGCAAAGGCAAUAAGCAAUGGGACGAGAAGAAACAUAGAAUGUGUGUUUUAUGGGUUUAGCAGACAGACAGAAUUGGCUUGUCGCUCAAUAAAAUGCAUUUGAGAUCUUCAAUUUUUGUUCACCAAAGUCACUCCACAAGUGUAUUUAUAGAAUGUUAGGCU